AUGGCUUUCAGAAUCGCUGCAACUUCCGCAUCCCGUAUCGUAAAACCCUACAACCCACCAUCACCACUCUUUUCAGCUCCAUUCCACAACCUCACUCUCAAAUUCCAUCUUCCACACGCCAAUGCCUUUCCAAACCUCCCUAUUCGUAAACCUGGGUCUCAAUGUUACAUUCGAGCUAUUAGUGAAAAAGUUGUAGAAUCUUCAGUUUCUAAGAAAGAAGAGGAGGAACAACAGUUGCCUAAAGAUUGGAAGAUUAAAAUGCUAUAUGAUGGAGAUUGUCCACUAUGCAUGCGAGAGGUCAAUAUGCUACGAGAGAGGAAUAAGACUUACGGCACCAUCAAGUUUGUUGAUAUAAGCUCAGAUGAUUACUCUCCUCAGGAGAAUCUCGGCCUCGACUAUCAAACGGCUAUGGGAAGAAUUCAUGCUAUUCUAUCCGACGGAACUGUUGUCACCGACGUUGAAGCCUUUAGAAGAUUGUAUGAACAAGUUGGUCUUGGUUGGGUUUACGCCAUUACGAAAUAUGAACCAAUUGGGAAAAUCGCUGAUUCCGUUUAUGGUUUUUGGGCUAAAUACCGUCUUCAAGUUACAGGACGGCAGCCUAUAGAAGAAAUAUUAGAAGCUCGAAAGAAGAAGGGCGAAGUGUGCAAAGACAACAAUGCUUGCAAGAUGUAA